AUGCAAGUCCUGGGGUCGAAGCCGGCGCUGCCAAACAAGCCCAAGGUCGUGUGCGUUCUGAAAUGCCCCAGCGCAGGGUGCAUGGCCCAAUUCAAGAAGGAAUGGAGGCUCCGAGAUCAUGUGUCCCGCCACGCCGGGCAGAAGACCUGGAAAUGCGAUAAAGCCGGGUGCGAUAAAGCCUUCUUCCGGAGGACUUCUCUUCUGAGACACCAGCAGCAGCACUCGAGCCUGAAGAAGCACAUCUGCCCGUCCGCUGGCUGCCGUGCUGCGUUUGGAACCAAGAGGAGCCUCAAGAGGCAUGUGUUGUAUAAACACGGACAGGGCGGGCCCCUUAAGUGUUCUGAGCCGGGGUGUCUGAAAACGUUCCGCAAGAAACCUGAUCUCCGUGUCCAUCUCGCUCAGCACACCGGGGAUCUCCUGUUUCCCUGUGACCUUCCUGGGUGUGAGAAGAAACUGGCAUCUUCAGCCGCGCUCUCUGCCCAUCGCAGACAACACCGAGGAUAUACCUGCCCUCUCCAGGGCUGUGGCGUUGUGUCUCCUACUUGGAGUGGCCUUCAGGAGCACCGCAAGAAGCACCCAUUGGAGCUUCAGUGUGCGAUGUGCAAGAAGUCCUUCAAGAAGCGGAACGCUCUAAGGAGACACAAAGCGAAGCACAUGAAGGUGCGGCUUCGCCUACCCUGCCCUCGGGAGGACUGCAAGGAAACAUUUGAAACGGUCUUCAAUCUGACGCACCAUGUGCGCAAAACUCACCUGUGCCUGCAGACUUACCGCUGCUACCAUGCGGGCUGCGAUCGCGCCUUUGCCAUGAGGGAAAGCUUGCUGAGACAUCUUGCCACUCAUGACCCUGACAAGAAGAAGCUGAAGAUGCCUGCAAAAGCGCGCUUGCAAGGAGCCCCCCGCCGCUCGCCACUGGUGGAGGAGGACUUGAGCCGCCUCUUCAACCAGAAGCUCUUAUUCCGUUUCAAGACUCUGAUGGAGAGCAACCUUUCCAGGCUCUUCAAUGAGCGUCAGCUCCGUGAUCCUGCUGAGCCAGAGGUUAACCUGAGUGGAUUGUUCCAGCUUCCGCCAAACCGUGCGCGGACUGAGAAGGCGGCGUGAAUGAAUUUCUUGUGUAUAAGUUAAAUUGGGAAGUGUAACUGCACUCGAGUACGCUAACUUUUUGUU